CACUCACAAUAACUCUUGCAUAGAGAACAGAGAAUUUUAUCGUCCACCUCAGUUUAGGAGGGAAAAACCUAAAAGCCACCAUUCAAGACGAGAAAGAGAGAGAGAGAGAGAGAAGUAUUUGCUAAAUCUCUUAGGAAAAUGUUUGCAGCAGAGAAUGGGCUGAAGGGAGACCCAAGGCUCCAAGCCAUCUCAGAAGCCAUAAGGGUCGUUCCUCACUUCCCAAAACCAGGAAUUAUGUUUCAAGAUAUAACGACUUUGUUGCUAGAUCACAAGGCGUUCAAGAACACGGUGGAUAUCUUCGUUGAUCGCUACAGAGACAUGGGCAUCUCUGUUGUUGCUGGGGUGGAAGCCAGAGGAUUCAUGUUUGGUCCGUCCAUUGCCUUAGCUAUUGGCGCAAAGUUUGUCCCUUUACGUAAACCUGGAAAGUUGCCAGGUGAAGUAAUUUCAGAGGCGUAUGUCCUGGAGUAUGGAACUGAUUGUCUGCAAAUGCAUGUUGGGGCUGUUCAGCCCCACGAGCGUGCAUUGGUAAUCGAUGAUUUGGUAGCUACUGGUGGGACUUUAUCGGCAGCAAUAAGACUUUUAGAACGUGUGGGGGCUGAAGUGAUUGAAUGUGCAUGCGUUAUUGGGUUGCCUGAGGUUAAGGGACAAUGCAGGCUUAAUGGAAAGCCACUUUAUAUCCUUGUGGAGCCACGCGAAAUGGACAACGGCUAUUAAGAAAUGUGGUUUGAUUCUGCUUGGGUUGACUUGGAGAAAAGAUGAUGCUUGAGCAAGCAGGCCACGAUAUGUUUCUCAUCCAAGUUUUGGCUGGGUUCCAAUCCUAAGGGGAUCUGUAUCUUCUGUAGGCUUUUUAUGUUCCAUUUAUAGCUUUGAACAAGCAGCAUGGCUGAAGAAUUGUUGUCCCAUUAUGUUGAUUUGUUCUUAGGUAUCAUUUAGUCCUCAUUAUAGCAAAUCUUUGGUUGAAUGCCCUACC